AUGGGAUUUUUUAUCAUUUCAUUUAUUAUUGCUUACUUGAUUAAUAUACUUCUAACCUAUGUCUUAUCUUUGAUCUUUAGAAGAAACCCAUUCUAUACACUCUUAUCUAUAUUUUUUCCAUUUUUAACUGAAUUCUUAUUAUUUAUUCUUAAUAAACCUAACCUUGGUGAAGGUAAAGAAUUUAUGGAUUUGGUUGAUGUUUGUUGGUACAGAUUGACUACACCAGAGAAUCCAAUGGUGAUCACUGCAAGUAUUGGUGGAAAAGGACAGAUUGAUUGGAAAAAUGCUAAACAAUUACUUUUUCUAGAAUUUACUAAACACAAAAGAUUUUGUCAAAGAAUUGUUAAGUUGAAUAGUUAUUAUAUACUAGAAUCUGUUCCAAUAAAUAUUGAUGAUCAUAUCACCAUUGAUAAUACUGUAUUUGGUUCAUAUGAACAAUAUAUAAACAUAUUAGAAAAACAUAAAUCAGUUCCAUUAGAUACUGAUAAACCUCAAUGGAAAAUAUACUUUUAUACUAAUGUAAUGAAUGAAUGGAGAAUUCUAGCAAGAGUUUCUCAUUGUUACUGUGAUGGAAUGGCUGCAAUGAGAUUAUUGAAAGACUCUACACAACAUAUAUCUUCGAUUAUUUUUAAUGAAGAAUCAAAUUAUCACAUUUUGGAUAUAACUAAAGAAGUUCCUAAAUUAUCAUGUUUAGCAGAUAAACAACAACCAAUAACAAUUUUUAAAAGAUUUUGGAAAGUUUUAAUAAUCCCUUAUUAUAUGGUUAAAUCCUUUUUUGUGAGAGGUGAUUUUACAAAAGAACUAAGGAAACCAUUGAGUGGAAAACAAUUAGUAUUCUGGAAGAAACUUGAUUCAAUUGAAAAUAUUAAAUCCAUUGCAAGGUGUUACGAUGGUACGUUAAAUUCAUUGUUAUUCUCUUGUAUGAAUCUCAGUUAUUCUAACAUAUUAAAAAGAAAGGGAAGUUCAAGUAAACAAUUACAAUUCUAUAUCGCAACCAAUCUAAGACCUUUUGAACCUCAAAUCAAACUGGGGAAUAAAAUUGGAUUAUUAUUAAUGAAAUUACCAUUACAAGAAACAGACUUAUACUCCCUUGUCAAAUAUAUGAAAAAACAAUUAGACAAUGCAAAGGAAAGUGUUGAGUCUUAUUCUUAUUAUCUUCUCCAAUGUCUUGUUGGAAUGCUUCCUGAUUGGAUAGAGUCAAUAGGUAUUAAAAUUGUAUCACAAAAGGCUACAUUAAAUGUAACCUCAUUACCAGGUCCACAAGAAAAAGUGAAAUUUUUUGGUUCUGAAAUUGAAGAUUUUAUUGGUUUUGUUCCUCACUUGGGAACAACUGGCAAUGGUGUUAGUUUUAUUGGAAGUGGGGGUGAUCUUUUUGUUAGUUUUGCUGUUGAUAGUAAUUUAUGCAUUGACCCAAAAGAACUGUAUGAGAGUUUUGAAUUUGCGUAUCAUCAAUUCUCUUCAAUCCUAGUAUUUAACAAAUAG